AUGCCAGAGUUGUGCUUUGACGUGAUUAUCGUUGGCGCAGGCAUCUCCGGCAUCAACGCUGCCUAUCGCAUCCAAGAGCAGUUGCCCAACUUCAGCUAUGCGAUCUUGGAAGCGCGCGAGGACCUGGGUGGUACCUGGGACCUGUUCCGCUACCCCGGCAUUCGCUCAGACUCAGACCUAUUUACCUUCGGCUUCGCGUUCAAUCCCUGGAACCACAACAACCCCAUUGCAGAAGGCUCCGCGAUCAAGGAAUACAUGCACACCACUGCCGAGAAGUACGGUAUCGACAAGCAUAUCCUGUUCCGGCACCAUGUGUCCUCAGCGGACUGGUGCACCACCAACAACACCUGGUCGCUGGCCGUGGACGCGGAUGGUGUACCCCAGACCAUAACUGCGCGCUUCGUGAUUUUCGGUACCGGCUACUACGACUACAAGCAGCCGCUGCAGGCCAAGAUCCCCGGUCUGGAUAACUUCCAGGGCCAAGUUGUGCACCCGCAAUUCUGGCCCGAGGACCUCGACUACAAGAACAAGAAGGUUGUAAUCAUCGGUAGUGGCGCUACCGCAAUCACGCUUCUCCCUAAUAUGGCCGAUGAGGCGGCGCAUAUCACGAUGCUCCAGCGUAGUCCGACCUAUGUGUACUCAGUCCCCAACCACAAAGCCAACAGCAGACUAUCAUACCUCCUACCAUCGGGCAUUUAUCACGGAUUACAACGAGCUAUCUGGAUCCUGAGGCAGCGUAUGUUCUUCCUCUUCUGCCAGCGCUUCCCCUCCUUGGCGACCUGGAUCCUCAAGCGCGGCUUGGAAAAGGAACUCCCCGGUCAUAUCUCCUACGACCCUCAUUUCAAGCCGCAUUACAAGCCCUGGGACCAGCGAAUGUGUGUCUGUCCGAAUGGCGACUUCUUUGCUUGCCUGCGCAGUGGAAAGGCAGACGUCCGCACCGACACCAUCAAGACCGUCACGAAGACGGGUAUCGCCCUCAAUGGGGGCACGACGCUGGACGCGGACAUCAUCGUCACAGCCACCGGGCUAAAGCUGCAGAUCGGCGGCGGCAUCACGCUCAGUGUUGACCGGCAGAAGAUCGACAUCGGUUCCAAGUACCUGUGGAACGGCGUGAUGUUGCAGGACCUUCCCAACGCGGCCUUCGUGAUCGGAUAUACCAACGCUUCGUGGACCCUGGGUGCCGAUGCCAUCGCGCAGUGCAUCACCCGCAUUCUCCAGAUGCUCGAGGCGCGCAAGCUCGUCGCUGCUGUCCCGCGUGUCAAGGCUCAAGAUGCGCAGCACUUCCAAGACCGCCCCCUGCUGCAACUCAAGUCAACCUAUGUUCAUGCCGGUGCCCGUGCUCUGCCUCGCGCGGCAGACCGCGGUCCCUGGCAGCCGCGCGAUCACUAUGGUAAGGAUAUUCACUUCGCCCGGAAGGGGAACCUGAAUGAGGGGCUCGAGUUUGUGCCGGGCUCCAGUCUGCGCUUGCGAGAAAAGCUAAGUUGA